ACGUUAUGGGGAAAAAAGGGAAAAGCAUGUCAUGUGGCAGCUUGUGAAGUCAUUUGUGUCGUUUUUCUGUAAUGACUGGUGAUGCCCACACAACACGUGACCACGCUCUGCUGAAAACGUCAGGGGCCGUCGUCCAGAGCACAGCGCGAGCACAGAGGAGGAGGAGACGGCGAGCGUACAUUUCGGCAGUUACUUCGGAGUAAACUUACGUCAGAGAUUGUUGAAGCAGAGUGAGCUUUUCUCUACAUCAUGUCCCAGGACAAGAGUAGGUACCCCAUAAUGGGUGAGACCAACCCACUUCAUAAUGAUGUCUAUGGACCCUCUCAGCUAGGGUUUGGUGUGCCCCCCCCAAACUACAGCCAAGCCCCAGGGGGGCCCUACCCACCAGCAGCGGGAUACGGGCAGCCCGGAUACGGACAGCCUGGCUUCCCCCAGGCAGGCCCAGGCUUCGCUCCCGGUCCCUACCCUCAGAUGCCCUAUCCACAGGGACCGUACCCUCAGGGGCCAUAUCAGCAAGGACCUGCACAGCCAGGCUUUCCUGGGGACCCCAUGGCACCACCUGUAGGUAGCCCUGGUUACCAUGGUGACGGCCCUCCAUCUUAUUACGACAACGAUGAGUUCACCAACUCCGGCUUCGAGGACAAGAACAUCCGACAAGCCUUCAUCAGAAAAGUCUUCAUGGUUCUCACCGUGCAGCUGCUGAUCACUUUCUCCUUCGUUGCUGUCUUCACCUUUGUCGAUGAAGCCAAGUUAUUUGUGCGUAAAAAUACGUGGACAUACUACGUGUCCUAUGCAGUCUUCUUCGUGUCUUUGAUUGUCCUCAGCUGCUGUGGUGACUUCCGCCGCAAGCACCCCUGGAAUUUGGUUGCUCUGUCCAUCCUGACAUUGAGCCUCUCCUACAUGGUGGGUAUGAUCGCUAGCUUCUAUGACACAGACAGCGUCAUCAUGGCUGUGGGCAUCACCGCGGUAGUCUGCUUCACCGUUGUCCUCUUCUCACUACAGAGCAAGUAUGACUUUACUUCCUGUCGGGGUGUGCUGUUCGUGUGCCUGAUCGUGCUGUUGCUCUUCUCCAUCCUUUGCAUCUUCAUCCGCCACAAGAUCCUGCACAUCGUCUAUGCCUCACUGGGAGCGCUACUGUUCACUUGCUUUUUGGCUGUUGAUACUCAGCUUCUCCUGGGAAACAAGAAGUUGGCCUUGAGUCCAGAGGAAUACAUUUUUGCCGCACUCAACCUCUACACUGACAUCAUCAACAUUUUCCUCUACAUCCUGGCGAUCGUGGGACGCUCCCGCGAGUGAGGCAGCACCUUGAGGAGAACAGCUGGGAGAUGGGGAACGCCUCCCUUUAUUGUGAAAUGUUGCUAAAAUGCCCUUUCUCUCUGACUUCAUUACUUUAUUUUAUCCCCUUUUAUUUCCUUUCCCAUCACACAGAGUUCUAUUUUCAAGAGGUAGUAGGCACUGAGGAGAUGAUGCAGCUAGUCUUAGCAGUCAGCUGAGAGGGGCACUAUUUAUUUAGUGGAAUAAAAAUAUUGCCAUUAAUGACAGAGCAUAAUGAUCUGUCCUCACCUUUGACCAUUGUGCUUGCUCUAACUGUCCCUGCUUCUAUUAACACAGAUGGCUAUGUCUAUACCUACACCUCGAAUGGCAGAAUUAAAAAUGCAGGCUCUGCUGCAGACGUUGACUAGAAAAAGAGCAGGAAUGAUUAUGCAGACACACAGAUGCAACCAGCUUUGUCUAAAGAGAAGUUAGUGUUAGAAAUGCCAUCUUCCUUCGACUGUCUGUUUUCACAAAUUGUCUCUCCCUUUCAGCCUGCUGGUGUGAAGUAACUCUGCAUGGCAAACUGGAAACACAACUAAAGACGUGAUAUGGUUAUCUACAACUAUAAGAGGAAUGCCUCUAGCUUGCUUGUCACAGCUGUAAAUAGUUAAUGUGUUUAACUGUAUAUGAUGCCAGUAUCCCCCUACCUCUGAAAGACGUGCUGGAGUAAUUUAUAUGGAUGUGUCCAGCAACGAGUAAAAGCUGUUUUUGAAUGGCAUAAGAAUGAAGCUUGUUGUUGGAUGUGUGUUAUAAAUGAACAUAAAUUAUUGUAUUAUUACAGAAUAUCUUUUCAAACAGAGGAUUUUUUGUUGUUGUUGUUCUAAAACCUGAGAUGUUCUCUUAAUUUUUCCCUUUUCUUUAAUUUACUCCUUUUUUGGGGGGGUCAUUAAUGUGAAUUCAAAAUGACUCUUUGUAUGGGUUUCUUUGUCAUGAUAACUAAUAUUAUUUUUGGUUUUGCAGCUUUUGUCCAUGUUUAAAAACUAAUGUAGACAGGUACUGGGCUUUAAAGACAUGAAACUUUGAACUUGUGGUAGAUACUGGGGUUUCUUUGAAUUUGGUGCAAGGUUUAGAGGAAACUUGGAGAUUGUAACGUCAUCACACAAUAGCAUUUUGAAACCAUUACUUACUGACUGCAGUUUUGUUUUUUUAGUGAAACUCAUAGAAUAAAUCUUAAUGCACUGGAAGCCAAAAUACUCCUACAUGCAAGGACAUUGAAGUUGAAUGAAACAUGAAUAUUUUUAUUCUCUAACUUGGUUGAUUUUUUUCACCUCUUGCAUGACCCUUUCCUCGUCUGCAUGUGCGGAAAAUGUACACAGUACAGCUGUUCUUGUUUUGGGGACACAUUGGUGUAUUGAACCCCAAUUAGACUAUUUUUUAAAUUCCUGUGUUUGUAUUCAACUAACGUGUGUGUGUGUGUGUGUGUGUGUGUGUGUGUAUAUAUAGAGCUCCUUUAGUGGUGUGUAUAGGUAAAGUAAGUUUUGGGCUUUGUAGGUCUGUUCGCAUUGUAUAUUUGCAUCAAAUCAAACUUGAACUAAACCCCCUACACAGCUGUUGGCUUUUCAUUAAAAUGGAUACAGUGAUUAACAAGUUUGA